UUUCUCGCUGAUACUUUCUCUUAGAGGGUGAAUCCAGGGACAGAGAAUAUUCUACGGCGAUGUCGUUGAAAGCAGCUUCAGCAGCCGCAGCCUUGCUCGGUACCGGAGGUACUGUUCUCUGCUCCGCUCGCUUAGAUCUUCCCGAACGCUUUAAUUUCCUCUCCUUAGAUGGAGUAUCACCCAAUUCUCGCUCAAUUCAACGCCUGAGAUCGAGGAUCCUUGUCAACGAAGAUUCUUUUCACGCCUUCCCUCAUCGUCUCCGGCUCGUCUUUUCCAUCAAAGCUGCCGACUCGACUCAGCCGUCUUCUCUCGCAUCACCAGAGAAAGAUAUCAUCACUGACGACGAGUUUUCCCUCGCUAAGGUUUCAUUUGGUGUUAUUGGCCUAAGUGUUGGAGUAUCGUUACUCUCAUACGGUUUUGGUGCAUACUUCAAUAUCCUUCCUGGAUCUGAAUGGUCUGCAAUAAUGUUAACAUAUGGCUUUCCUCUUGCCAUUAUAGGGAUGGCACUGAAGUAUGCUGAACUAAAACCAGUGGAAUGUUUAACAUAUUCAGAUGCUCAAAAGUUGAGAGAUCAAUGUGCCACUCCUAUUCUUAAGCAGGUCAGGGAUGAUGUCAUAAGAUACAGAUAUGGGGAUGAGCAACAUUUGGAAGAGGCACUUAAACGAAUUUUUCAGUAUGGUCAGGGUGGAGGAAUUGCUCGAAGAAGUGCACCAAUUUUGCAAAAGAUCCGUGAAGAAGUGACUGAAGAUGGUAAAUACUGUCUGGUCUUGGUGUUUGAGGCUAAAGCUCUAAAGCUGUCAGAUUUUGAACAGCGACAGCCAAAGUUUGCUUCAUUCUUUGGACCAGGAAUCACAGCUGAAGUAGUAAAGGGAGAGAAAGACCUGUAUGAAGUAAGGCUAAUUUCCAACACGACAUUGUAAAAAGUCACUGAUGUUCCUACGAGGCCAGCUGAAAUGUCUGAUCUAAAGCCGAGAAACCUCAUGUGAAAUGUAUGUAUACUGUCUGCCUUAAUGUAUUUAUUUCUGAAAACAUCAAUUGAAUUUGCAAUUGAACUUUAAUAUCAAUAUGGGUAAAGAGUUAGUUC